AUGUGCAAAGUCGAGCGAAUCAUGGGCCCAUCAUCAGAGGACUUCCUCACCCAGCAUAGAGCACUCGAACCCAUCCUCGAUCAGGGCAUCCAAGAAACAAUGACUAGUACCCCUUCGGAAAUGGAGUCAAGUGAUCCCACAUACGUCUUCAUCGACAUGCUCGCGCAAGCAGCCGUGCUGGUCCUUUUGACCGCGCUGAAAUCAUUGACCCUGGACACAGAGACGUACCAUGACACCUGCGGAGAGUACGAAAAGAAGGCGUUCAAAGCAGCGGAAAUGAUCCACAGCCUCGUGCAGAGACUGUCACACCUAGGCUGCUUCAAGGUACACCCUUUCACGCCGAUUGCAUUGUUUAUCUGUGCCGAAUUCACGCGCUCGCUCCAGACGCCCAGUUCGAACCAUGCUGCGCAGUUCAAGACCAUUUCUACAAGUCUGCGGCAGCUGGCGCCGGCUAACAAGUUAGCCCAAAUGCUGGAGGUUAAGCUCCAGCGAGAUCCCCAGACUGAUGGCACAACUCGGGACCUGUAG